CCUUAUAAUAGUAAUGGAAAUGUGCUCUGAAACGGGAUCUAAAGCGAUAUAUCAAUACGGUGACAUGGAUGGCACCACUAUAACAUUGACACGGAUCGACAAAAAAAAAUUCAACAUCGAUCAAAGACUGAGGUCUAUAAAAGUUGAUUGUGUCGACGUGUCUAAUGUUGAUCCCGAAAUGGUGCUGAAACUUAGGAUAGGAAUAUGGCCAAGUCAACCGCACGUAUCACUGGCAAAAUAUAUAUUAUGUGUCCUGAACAAACUCAAUGUCAUGUCCAAAGAGGGCGUAUUUAAGGUGAACGAAGCUUAUGAACUUAUUCCCUACAAUGAGAAAGAUGAUGCAAUGAUAAAAAUCGACCAAUGCCUAUAUCCGACGAAAUCACUACCUCAUGAAAAGGCUUACUUUUACAUGAAGUGCAUAAAUGAAGACAAACCACAGGAAUUCAAUAUAUUCUAAUCUUUUUAAAUGUACCUCGUAUCGUAAAAUUAGGCAUCGGAAGGACAUAACUACAACAUUUUAAGGAUUACUUGCACAGCCGGAAACAGGGAGGAAGAGGAUGUGACAUUUGACGUCUCGCAAGCAUGAAUUCUGGGACCGACUGUAUUUCUAAUUUACAUAAACAAUUCAUGUAAAAUGAGUCGGGGCUUGGGCUUCUGCUACGCUGAUAGCACUGAUACACAUAUAACGGUAUAUUUACUGGCCAUUUAUGAUAUAGGAGACAGUAUACGUAAUUUUUCAAAUAGUGCAUUUUAUAAAAUAGCGAAAUGGUUGAACUCAAACGUGCUGACUCUUAACACGUUAAAUACAAAUUACAUAUGUUUGACGAUAAAUAAUAUCACUCAACCCAACAAUAAUUUCCCACUUAAAAUUCAUGUAUGUGUUAAUCUCGAUACGUGUUCGCGUGAAUCAAUAAAGUCUCGUCUUCAUAAUACUUAGGGGUAGGUAAUAAUACCCUAAACUAGUAGAAACGAGAGUCAAAAACUUAACAUGGAUUUUUAAAUAAAUUUAGCAUUUACUAGACAAAAACUAAUAAAAGAUAAUAUUUUAUUUACAUACUGCUAGCACAUUAAUUUUUUUAUUUCCUUAUUUAUGGAUAUAACAAAUGUAACUUUGAAGAGCGGGGUUUCCAGCAUCUUUACUUACAAAUAGCCCCAAAACCGAUCACUGUAAUUAUCUAAUAUAGUAAAUACACGUCGUUGUUUUUAUUUUUUUGAAGUUCAAAAUAAUUUGCGAUGAAAAAUACCACAGUUCCUUUUAUCUUAUUUGAGCUAAUCUUUACGAAAAUAUAUACAUAGUUUCUUUACCUUCAUAGGUAGGCUUUACAGCCAAUUUCAUAGUUUUACAAGGUGCUAUACGUAAGAUUCGAGCGUGUCCUGCGGUAUGUAUUAGAAAUACAGCGAUACUAGCAUUGGAGCACUAUUUUAUGCAACUCUCAGUACCAUUUAUCCGCAGAAGAGAACUAUAAGGGUGUCAUUAGAGAUGCAAUAAAAGAUAAUCUACGCUUUUGCUGAUUAACCUGUCUAAGGACGCCAUAGCUAUGAAGUUGUAGCGGCCCUAGACAGGCAAUCCCUCAAACAUCAUUAUUUAGUCCCCACCUUCUAGGAAGGGUAGUUCGGAAGAAGAAAAGUUAGUUUUUUGCUAUAGUCAUAAAGUACAUCCGGAUUGAAAACUUUGGAUUAUAAAUUCCAAAGACAAAAAAGAACGACUAAACCGAUCACUGCCACCUUACUUAUUUGUGCCGUCAAGCAGUAAUGCUAGCACUACUGCGUUCCGGUUUGGUUACGAGUGGCUCAACUGGUGAAAUUACAGGCAAUAAACUUACGUCUCAGGGUCACAGGCACAAUGGCAGAGCUCCUCAAAUCUUUGCGAUUCAAAGCUCUGAGUGGCACUGCAACUGCUAAGGACAGACGUGUAACCGCCUGGUUGCACACGUCUGUCAUUAGUUCACGACUUGUUCGUCCCAUCAUUCAGUAUCAUAUUAAAAAAUUGCAUUUGUCACUCUACACCACGUGACUGUAACAGCACUAGCACCGUAUUCUUCAAAAUCGGAACGCAGUAAGUAAUGCUCACAUUAUUUAUUGGCGGCAGAAAUAACUCUAUAAACUCUGUCACGAGCCCUACUGCUAUGGGCGGAUAUGCCGUUGUCCCUCAUUUAGUACUUGUAAUG